AUAAAAAAUUGGGUUUCUGAUUUCUCUUCUCACCACCGUUCGCUCUCUCUCCGCCCUUUUCCUUUUCACUCUCUCUCUGCAGCCGCCGGUCGCUGCCGCCCCCGCCUCCUCCCACAGCAGCAGUGCGCCGCCCAGCCCUCGCCGGCUCGCCCCGCCCACACCUAUUCUUUCCCGCGCCCCGCCUCCUCUGGCCUCUGUGCCUCCGUCCGGCGACUCCGCUGCAGCAGCCGUUUCCAACAAAAGGAUAUAUAUUCCAACCCGGUGAACACCAGCUUGAUUGGUGCUAGAGUAACAAAGAUAUAAGCUUCAAGGCGAGUUUCUUGUACUCUUGCUUUUAUUUUUGCACUAUGGUUCAACCGUCACCCAUUCUUAUGUAAAUACUAUAGAUAAGCAUGUAUCUAGGUAGUGGUUAUGGAGAGUAGGUUGGGGAAUGGCUUGUUCCAUUCCAUUUGUUGCUGUGGCGAUGACUUGGAGCCAAUUAUUUGUACUAUGUGUUUUGGUGUCCUUAGUUUUCAUGCUUAGACUUUGUUUUUUUUUUUUAAUCUGUUUCUGUUAACAUUAACCUGCUAUAGUACUUAUUUGUUAAGUGUUAUGAUGAUUUAUGUUCAUAUUGGAAUUCAAAAUGGUCUUGAAGAUAUACUCGUUCAAAAAUGACAUCUUGAAACGAAAUAUCUAAACUAGUUUCAAAUAGGGUAUUUUGGGACUGAAAAAUAGGGCUAAUCUUGUUGGGUAUGGCUGAAACUUUUCAUAUUACUAGUACUCGUGUAGAACGUACCUAUAGUUAAAAUUUCAAAGAUAAAGUCGUUCGUUAAGCUCGUCUACUGAGAGGUUAAACUUGGGCUCUCAUGCUGUUUUUGGUCUUGGCAGGGUGUCUAAUGUGAGAAACUCUAAUCCAUGGUAAAACUUAUUGGAAUUGAGCGAGGCUUAGCAUACGUAAACUAAGCAGUUCAAGGUAUACUUAGUUAAGGUUUGAGAGGAAAAUCUUAGAUCCAACUCUAAUAAUAAUAUUACUAUACAGAUUAGCUGUAUUUUUUUUAUUUAUAGAUACAGUAUUUGAUUAAAUAAUCCCUGAAGAUUGUAGUUUUAAUUCAUAUAUUUAUUAAGUAAUUAACUUAAAUUCUAGGAUAUAAAGUAUGUUGAAACAUAAUAUUAACUUAUUAUAUUACACGUAAUAAUAUUUUAAAAGAACAACAUAAUACAAAAAAGGAAAAUGUUUAUCUAAAGCUGCAGAAAAAAGUAAUAUUAGAUGCUUAGGAAUCUGGUCUAUAACAUAAAUGCAGAAUUUAGGCAUUAAUUUCUGGUUGAUUAAUGACCAUAAAAUAUAUAUCACUAAUAAUUUUCGUGAUUCUAUUUAACUUUUUUAUUUUUGUGGUGAAAAUACAUUUAAUAGUGAAAAUUAAUUAACUUGUAUAAUGAUAGAAAAUAAACUUACAAGAAAGCUAGGAAAAUACAUAGUUAAGAUUCCUUGUAAGAAAGCUAGGAAAAUAAAAUAAACUGACAAAGGAAAAGUAGGCCCCCAUUACUUCAUAAAAAAUCCGUGAAAAAGAAGAUGGAGACUAAAUAUAAAUGUAGAAAAUGAUUAAGUGUUAUUAAGUAUUCAUUAUUGGGCAGGAGAAUAAGUGAUAUACUUGGGCAAAUGCAUAAAAGUAAAGGACAAUGCUAUUAAGCUAUAUUCAAACUACUUCACACUAAGAAGACUGUCAUUAGCAUUUUACAGUAAAAUUCUAAUCAAAUUUUACAAGACAAAAUAACAGAUCAGAUAUCCACACAUGAAAAAUUUAUAUUUAUUGAGUAUCUACUAAAUAAAUACGAGUUAUUAUCAUCUCAAUCGAGUGACUUGCUGUCACUUGCCCUUGAGAAACCAGAAUAUGCUAGUUGUUCUGUGAUAAAGCCUUCAACUGAAAAGAAGGAUGACGAUGAUGUUCAAUUAGCUGCUAAAGAUGAGUUAAGGUAGCCUUUAACAUAUUUUUGGUACUCACAACUGUUGUCUUUUCCUGUGCAUUCUAUCUGCUAAGAGCCUCAAGGAUCUUGAUCUUAAAAUAGUUUCCAUUGCUGGAGGAUAUUGCAUUUAUAUUAGUUGAGACUGAUAUUUAUAACCCAUGCUAGAUAAUCACUUGUUUAAUUUACUUUGAGCCAUGGAUAUUAGGGAAAUUUAGGGAUUUUUUUUAAAAAAUUGUAAUAUAUACAUAUUAUGAAUACAUAACGAUUUUUAGAAUCAUUAACAUCGGAUUUUAGAAUCAUUAAGAAUGAAUUUUAGAAUAAAAAACCAUUACGUAUUGUAACAAAUAUAACGGUAAAACUGUUAUACAUGAGAACAAAGAACCGUUACAUAUUUCAACAAAGAUAACAGUAUAUACCAUUAUAUAUUUAAAAAAUUUCCGUUAACUAUAAUAAAAUAUUAAAAAUUGAAAUACAUUAAAUAACAGUGGAAAUAAUCUAUGGUAACGUCACGAACCCUUAUCUAUCACUAUUAUAGACAACGUUACACAAUCGUUAUGUAUUUAUGCACAAAACUGUUAUCUAAUACACUAUAGAUAACGGUUGUAAGCAUUAUGCAUAGCUCAAUAUACCGUUGUCUAUUACACUAACGGUUGUUUAGUGUUUCGUAUAAGCGGUAAUCUAAAGAUAACGGUUGUUUAAAGUUAGGUUAAAACCUGGGUUUAAAAAAGCGCGCCCAGGGGGGGUGGACUUUUUUAAUGCAGGCGCUGCAGCCUACAAGAGGCGCAGCAGAGGCGCAGAAAAGCGCUAAAAGCGCGCCCAGGCGUGCAUUCCCUAAGGCGCACGCCUUUUGUAGAAUUAGGUUUAGGGUUUUAACUAGUUACACUUUUUUUUGAAAUUAAAACAUAACACAGCAGCCUCCCUUUCUCCUCUCUUCUCUCCUCUGCGUCCUUCCCCCCCUUUGCUCACCUACUGGCGCUGCCAGCCAGCCGGUGCCGCUGCCAGCCGUCCGCCGCCGCCGCCGCCAGCCCCAGCCGUCCGCCGCCGCCAGCCUCCAGGAUGAUGGAUUUGAGGAUGAUGGACUUGAGGAUGAUGAUUAUUGAUUACUUAUUUGAUAUUUGAUCUUACUUUUAGACUUGCGUAUUUUAAAACUUAAGUAUUUGUGUGUUUUGGAUUAAGUAUUUGUGUGUUUUGGAUUAAGUAUAUGUGUGUUUAAGUACUAUUUGUGGUUUUAAGUUGUGUUUUUGGUAUAAAAUAUAAUGUAGGUAAAUAUAUUAGAAUUUUUUAGGCUUUACUGCGCCUCGCCUACGAAAAGCCCGCGCCUGCGCUUAAAGCCCUGCGCCUAGGCUCCGAGGCAUGUUUGUGCCUCGUGCGCCUCGGGCUUUUUAAAACCCAGGUUAAAACUGACCACCACAUAGGCGCAAUGUCAGCUCGAUACUUCAUCGGAGCUUAAAAGUGUGAAAAAAUUGAACGAUUCAUUAAAUUGAUGGAAUUGCAGACAACAAAUAAAGUUUAUGAAAAAAUUAAAAAUCAGUCCAAAAUUCUUCAAUUUUGACGUAAUUAACCCUUCUAAAAAUAUAAAAUUAGAUAGCUCAACAAAUUUAGAAACUAGAAAGCCCAGUACAUAUUGAAGUCAGGAAAGCCCAAAUCUCCUAUCUUAUUUCCCCUAAAUAUUGCCUUAUUAGUCUAUAAUUGUUUAUAAAUAUUAUUGACGAAUCCAAGCAGGAGUAGGAAAAUCUAUGGAGGGCGCCAACACUAACACAAACACCCUCUUGAUCUCUCCAUAAAUCACACCCUCUCCAAAUUCCAAUUUGUAAAUAAAUAAAACUGGUAACUAGAAUCAAGAUUUCACCCCAUCUCAAAUCCUCAAUCUACUCUAUUUGUUAAUUUGAUUUGAAAUUUAUUAUCGGCAUCUAAUAGAUACCAACUGGAAAACAAUUAGAAUAGUAGAAGAAUACUUGUUUCAAACGUCGUUUUGGGUGAAUAAAUAAGCGCUGGGCGAAGCGCGGUUCGUAGAAUUAGCUACGCAAUUGGUGGAGUACUAUAUAAAGGCGAAGUGGCUGACGCUGAAUCCUAAUCGUGGCUGCAGCUUCAGUUUGUUUUGGGACAACGAUUUCUUUCAUGGCCGCUAAUGCACAAUCUCAGCAUCGCUGUGUUUUUGUUGGGAACAUACCGUAUGAUGCUACUGAAGAGCAACUCAUUCAAAUAUGCGAGGAGGUUGGCCCGGUUGUUUCCUUCAGAUUAGUUACUGAUAGAGAAACUGGAAAACCAAAGGGUUAUGGGUUCUGUGAGUACAAGGAUGAAGAGACAGCUCUGAGUGCUCGUCGUAAUCUUCAGGGUUAUGAGAUAAACGGUCGUCAGCUAAGAGUUGACUUCGCUGAAAAUGACAAGAAUGCUGACAGGAACCGGGAACAGGGGCGUGGUGGUCCUGGUGUUGUCUCGAAUGUUGAUGCUCCAAAACAAUUUGGGGGUCAAGCAGUCCUUGGGCAUCCCAGUCUUCAUCAGCCGGUUGGUGAUUCAGUUGCUACAGCUGCUGCAAGUGUCAUGGCAGGAGCUCUUGGAUCGGUGCAGACUGCUAGCAUACCAAAUCAGAUCGGAUUACAGAACUCGUCCUUGUUAGGCACUGAUCCUUUGACUCGCCACUUGGCCAAAAUGUCAAGGAUUCAGCUGACUGAGGUUUUGUCUGAAUUUAAGGCACUGGCUACGCAAAAUAAGGAACAAGCCCGGAAACUAUUGCUCGCCAUCCCCAACUUGCCAAAAGCUAUUUUCCAGGUUGAGAUUAUGCUUGGGGUAGUGUCACCUCAAAUGUUGCAGAUGCCCAAUAUUCGGCAAGCUUUGAGCCAACCAGUACAGCCUUUGGUGCAAAAUUCUCAAACUCUUUCUGGGCUACCCCCACUUCCACAAAACAAAAUGCAAAUGGGUUCGCUGCCUUUUCCAGGAAGACAACCUCCGAGAACAGAAGAAACUCCAUACACUGGGAAGCAAGCUACUCAGAUUUUCAUUCUUUACAGAUGCAACUUCCCCUCGACUUGGAUCCUUCCGUGCUUCAGCAACUGCUAAAUCUGACGCCAGAGCAGCUAAGUAUGCUGCCACCAGAUCAGCAACAACAAGUAAUGCAACUUCAACAGAUGCUCCGGCAGGUUACAUAGUUCAACCUUUUUAGUUCUAGAAAUAGCAGAAGCUUUAUACAUCCUUCUUCCAAUGUGUUUAGAAGGGAAUUGCAAUUGUUUACUGUCAACUUUACAAUGUAAAGUAUUGUUAGGUGUACACUAGAUGCACGAGAGUUGUACCAUUCAUGUAGCGUUGUGAGCUUGUUCUUGUAUUGGGAUGAACACAUCAUUGAAAUGAAAAGAAAUUUUGGGUUAUUCUUCA